AUGCUAAGACGUACUGUUAUAAACAGAAGUAAUCUGUUAUCACAUCCACUAUCUUUCAAUGCUACACGUCGAUUUGCAUCCAAUAACAACAAAUCGAACAAUUCCUCCGUUACCUCUUCUCAAGAUGUAGACAGCGCUUCUACACGCCUACAAGCAAAGCAAUUACUCGAUAGACUUGAAUCCUCACGCAGUAGAGGCAAUACUGCUGGUCCCUUUGGAGCUGCUAGCGUUUCUGAUGAUGACGUGCCCCCAGAGAAGUCCUUUUCUCAACAAAAGUCCUUCAAAGGCAAAGUCGGAAGGGCUACUCAGCAAUCAUCCAGAUUCACUGUUAUUCUCAUUGGUGCAUCUGUUACUGGUUUAUUGGCCUAUACAAUGGGUACUGAGUUAUUCUCUCCAAACUCUCCUACUAGGAUUUAUAACCGCGCUUGCACUUUAAUUAGCCAAUCAGAAGAUAUCAGGAAAUGGAUGGGUGAUUCAAAGCUUGGUUUUGCACAAGGUCAUGACUCUAGACGGCGGAACCAUUCAAUACAACAUGCUACAGCAUUUGAUGCUUUUGGAAAGGAGCACUUGAUAAUGAAAUUCUUCGUUCACUCCCAUCUUCAUAGUGAAGACAAGCAGACUUGGACCGAGUGGAUUGAAUCACUUACAGUCACAGAUCUAGCCAAGAAUGCAAAGAGAAGUGUGCAAACGCUUAUUAACCCCGAUUUGAGAUUCGAAAGCGAUGAAAUUAAGCAAAUCGACCAACAACCGCGUAGUACCUGGUUUGGUGCACUCGGUAGUGGCAUUAAUAGGCUUGGACAUCGCCAGAAAGUUGACAAGUCGCAAAUGUAUGAUCAAGGACAAGUUUAUGCAGAUUUAGUCAAGGAAAAUGGCUACUUUGAGUGGAAUCUACUUUACGUGGAUGUUCCACAUAGCAGCGCAUUCGGGAGAAAGAGAAUAUAUAUAAAACCUACUUAA